AAAACAAGAUGGUGUCCCAUAUUCUCCCACUUUAAGAAACAGAACACCCGUGUUAUAACGAUUAUCGGUCCCGCCACACGCGGGCUUAAAUAAGUAUUUAUUUAUUUAGAACAGUUAUAUAUAGACUAUGUCUUCCAUUACUGGUGUUGAUGCACCGGACGGGGGCUGGGGCUGGGUCAUCGUCGGGUUCGGGAUGUUUGCUUAUUCGUUAUAUGCCUAUGCUGCCAGAUGUCUUUCAGUUUUCUACGCCCCUCUUAUGGUAGAAUAUCAAGUCAACUACUCGCAAGUUGCAUGGCUAAAUGGCCUUCAUCAAGCAGGGCAUGGUGUUAGUAGUUUUGUUUUGCCUGUACUUUACAAGCACAUUGGCUUCAGAGUUGGGGUGAUGGCGGGGGGAAUGAUAUCAGCUAUAUUUGUGUUUCUAGCGUCGUAUGUACAUAAGCUUGUACUCGUGCAAAUAUGCUGCGGCUUAAUACCAGGUGUUUGCUCUGCGGUUAUCAAUCUCGGUUUAUUCACAACAGUGAAUCGAUACUUUAAACACAAGCGAAACAUGGCGAUGCAAAUCACUUGUACUGGGACCUCACUUGGUGCAUUCGUGUAUUGUCCACUAAAUCAAUACCUUAUAGACUCUUAUGGCUGGAAAGGUUCUUUACAGAUAAUAUCCGGUCUCUACUUAAAUGUGAUGGUCGUCGGAGCUCUUUUGCGCCCCAUAGUGCUGAAAUCAGAUGUAACUACCAACCACUUAGCGGAGCCAGAGACACGUGGUUGCAGCAAUGAUGAAACACCGAAUACCUCUAGCGGCGAGACUAAAACAUCGACAUGUACCGCAUGGUGCCGCCUAUGGGAUUUGCAAGUAUUCCUAAGCAUUGGCUUCCACACGUUAAAUUUAUCAUGGAUCACGUUUGCAGCAGCAUACUACUCCUCACUAACCUACCUUGUAGCGUACGGAAGAACAGUAAUUGGCUUGAGUGGAACCGCGGCUGCGGGUCUCGUAUCAGCUGUGUCGUUGGGUGAACUUGGUUCACGUUUGCUAUUCGGUUCUUUCUUUGAUCGGUUUAGCAAAUCUAACAGGAUUAAAAUAGUGGCCGGCAUCGAGUUAUUAAUGGCUGCCUUGUUCAUUUCUAUUCCUUUCUUUGACAACAUUGUACCAGUGUUGGUACUGUGUGGUGGCAUCGGUGCUAUAGGCGGUGGUAUGGACGCAGUAUUCGCUGUAUUAAUAGUCGAUACAUUUGGCUUGAAGGAAUUUGAAGCUGUUUACUCGUACAGUAAUGUGGUAUGCAGCAUCACUGGAAGCUGUGUGACUAUUUUAAUUGGCCUGGUUAUUGAUACAACGGGAAACAGCACAGUUGUAUUUUACAUCGGUGCGUCAUCAUUACUGCUGUCAAUCAUCUUUAUUCUAUUGUUGAAUAAAAUAAACCAACGACAGGAGAGAAGUAUUGAACACCCUUUAUGUGAAGAAAUAACGGAUUCUAAAAACAUCUGAAUUACAUGUUCUGUUACUUCAGCUACCAGGCAUAAUGUAAAUACCGCUCAUCUGGUAUAAAUAACGUAGUGUAUUUCCAAUGGGUGAAGUCUUGCCGGAUGACCGCCGAAACAACAUAAAUACAAUACGUUUUUUCAUACCAGAUGAGCCGUUUAAACAAUAUUUGCAAUGUAUAGUCUUUAUACAAUAUUUAGUAGGGUGGGGGGAAGGUGGGACACCUUUUCAAUCUAUUUUCUUCUCCAAUUUGGUAGUAAACAAACAUUCAACGAUUUUUUAUAAAACUUUAUUUUCACGGCUCCCACAGAUCGUUGUUGAUUAGUUAAAACACGAUCAGGAUAUUUGGUUAUUAUGUGUGAAAGGUGUCCCAUCUUCCCCCACCCUACUAUACUGUUAAUUAAGGUGCAUGACAUAAGUAUAUAGUUUUCCGUUUUAAAUUCUCACUGUGCUAUAUGGACGUAUACCAAACGUAUUGAAAUUAUUUUACAAUUUUUAUAGCUAUUCUAUUCUUUGUGGGUGAGGUCAAAGGACCUGAGAUUUGAGCCAGAUUUGGCCCAUUACCCCAGAAUUUUUAUAGCUAUGGCGGUAUAUACUUAUUCCUAGGCACAGCUUUCCUUACGUGUAAAUGUGACCGCUUUUUAUACCACACCCGUUAUUAAAUUCUUUACGACGCGUGAUGCUGUCUUGUUUGCAUAUUUUUUCUAAAAUGUUAUUUUUGUAAAUCUUGUUUGUAUAUGCUAUUCAGCUAUAUGGCUUCGACAAGCGAGUGUAAACAUUUGAAAGCCACUUUUUCAUGUAUUUGCUGCUGAUAAAUUAAUCGCAGGGAAUUUUGCUCGUACCACCAAAUGUCUAAAUUGGUGCUUCAUACGACGAACUACGGCAAAAAUAAAUAACCGUCGCAUAAAAA